AUGCUCGGCCGGCUAAAAAUGGAUGUGGAUGAAUGCAUCGCCUCCUACAAUGACCUCAUUCGAGUCGUCUUUGGUGAAAAGUCAAGAAUGCACCAAUCCAAAUUUAAUCUGCGAGGACAGACUCAAGCUCGCUUCGACUCCAAUAUGCUUGAGAGUGCAGUUGAGAAAACGAUACGCGAUCGGGGCCUAUCGCCGACAGACAAAAUGUUGGAAGAUGAUACACCCUCGUGUAAAGUCUUUGUCUGUGCAAUAUCUAAGAGCAGCACUACGACCUAUCGGUUAAGAAGUUACCAUACAUACAAGACUUCAAUCAAUGCGACGAUAUGUCAGGCAGCUCGUGCGACAUCCGCUGCGACUACCUUCUUCGAUCCCGUCUCCAUAGAAGACAUGGAAUUUGUCGACGGUGCCUUGGGCGCCAAUAACCCUGUCGAACAGGUUGAAGAAGAGGCGACCGAGCUUUGGUGUCCAGAAACAGGCAACAUCAAACCUCUUGUUAAGUGCUUCAUCUCAAUCGGCACAGGCAAUAUGGGAACGUACGACAUCAACGAUCGUCUCGAUAAGUUCAUGACUACGCUUGCGAAAAUGACGACAGAUGCUGAGAGGAUAGCCGAGUCUUCGAUGAGGCGUUGGCGUCAACAUUAUGACCAGAGUCGAUAUUUUCGGUUUAAUGUCGAGCAUGGUCUGAAGCCUGUUGGUAUGAAGGAGUAUAGGAAGAAAGGGGAGAUUCAAGCAGCUACGUACAGAUAUCUUGAUAGUCAGGUGCAAAGUAUGCUUCUUCGGAAGUGUGUCGAGAAUCUGGUUCUCAAGCAGAAAAGUGCUGGGCCGCAUCUUGAACGACUUAUAUCAAGUCAACCACAGAGGCUUCAACCAGAUCUGAUUUCCAGGCAAAGUUCACCGGAAGGCUAUGCCGAUGAACCUUUAUACCGCUCGUCGCACGCAGACAUUCCAUCUAUGCCCUGCUUCUCAGUUCCCAUGAAGGUAUCGCCGACCUUCAUUCCCCGAGACGAGUACACCAAUAAGCUCUACGCAUCUUUCUCUCGGGAUUGCCAUCAGAGGGCAGCCUUGGUGGGAUUAGCUGGAACUGGUAAGACUCAGAUUGCGCUUCAUUUUGCGGAUAAUGUUCAUCAGCAAUACCCGAACUACCCAGUUUUCUGGAUUUCGGCUGCUGGUCUUCAGGAAUCUUGUAACCGUAUCGCCCGGGAACUGAAUCUGUUCAAGAUCUACGAGCACGAGUAUUCGCGUCCGGAUCCGAGGGUUCUUCUGUGCCGCUAUUUAGAAGCUGAGCGAGUAGGAAGAUGGGAUCUGAUCAUUGAUGACGUUGAUGACUACGAUCCUCUUCCUACUUUGCCAAGGAGCAGUCAGGGUCGCAUCUUGUUCAUCACACGGUCUAUGAAAGUAGCUACUGCAGCCGUUGGUAAUCAGGUAGGCCAAGUGAUCAAGGUGGAGGGACUGAACUCCGAGACAUCACUUUCACUCUUUCAGAACCUUCUGUUCAACAAGGAUUUAUCACUUGACGCGAACAAGACUGGAGAGCUACUUGCUGAGUUGGAAAACCUACCUCUCGCCAUAUCUCAUGCUGCCAGAUACCUUAAUGACAAUCCCCAGCUCACCGUCGACCAGCUUCUUAAGUCGUUGAAAAGUGGCGAUAGCGACGCUCUGAGCUUCAUUGCUAAAGAGUACAGUGAGUCUGCGGGUGAAGCGACCAAGGUAAUAUCCAUAUCAGGAUCGUUCAGUCGAUCAUUCAGAGCGCUUCGCAAGCAACACCAAGAAGCGUGGGCAAUACUUGAAUUCGUUUCAAGAAUUGACUCUCGCUCCAUUCCACGAUCCCUCCUCAACGUAGAAGGGAAAAGUGGAUUGGAGGCGUCUAUAGGUAUCUUGUGCAGUUCCUUUGUUCUCCGCACUAAUCCUGGCGGUCAGUCGUAUGACAUACCUACAGUCAUAUAUCUGUCCACACGGGUAUGGCAGCAGCAGAACAACAGCUCUCGACAACUCACAAAGCUGGCGACUAAGCGGCUGAAUAAACUGACACCUGAUGACAAACCUUCGGAUCGACUACUGUGGGAGAAGUAUCGAACACAUGUCACCCGGGUCCUUCAAGAUUGCAAACACUUGAAGAUGGAUUUCGACGAGCGCUUUGAAUUGGCAGCUAAAGCUGGAUUGUGGCUUGUACGCCAAAGGGACCUCGAGGGGGCAGCUACAUUGCUAGAACAGGCAUUCUCUCGGUUUCACAAAUCCGAACCCAAAUCCAGCCGAAGGUUGCGUGUUCAGAUCAAUCUUGCAGAGACAUAUUCAGAGAUCGGACAAGCUCCCAAGGCAAUAAAACUGGCGGGUAAAGCCAUAAAGGUCUACGAAAAGAACUUUUCAAAAGAUGAUGCUGCUCUCGUCGCGGUUUCGUGUGCUCUUUCAAAGGGAUAUCGUUUCAAUAAGGAACCCGAGAAGGGAAUCAGCUGCCUAGAAGCAUUGUCAAGGAUCAGUGGAAAGCGAAGCCCGAAGUCCAAGUUCGCACUGACGACGGAACUUGGAAAAUGCUGGGUGUACAAAGAGAACUUUGAAAAAGCCAUCGAAGCCCUCCGUGUUGCUGUAUCUGUCGCGAAAGACAAGCUACCACCUGAUGAUACGAGCUUGCUCAUAGCCAAGAACCACCUUGCCAACGCCUACCUGCAGAACGAACUGGUGAAAGAGUCUAUCCCUAUCUUCGAGGAAGUUCUUCCAAUCGAACAGAAAGUCUUUGGAAAAUCUCAUAAGGAGACUCUAUAUGUCCGAGCGCGCCUUGCUGAAGCGUACUCAAAAGCUGGGGAGACGGAGAAAGCUGUGAGGCAGUGGGAGGAACUUGUUGUUCUCCAAAGAGAGAAUCUGGGAAAGAUCCACGAGAGGACGAUGUUUUCCGAGAAUAGCCUUGCGAGGGCUUACUACGAGGGUGAUGAUAAAAACAAGGCACUUCGACUGCUGGAGUCUAUGGUCUGUGUUCGUCGAGAAUGCUCGGACGAGACGGAUGCACAAAGGAAGUGGGCGGAGGAGUUUUGGGAGAGAUGUAUUCAGGACUGGAAAUGGACUUGGACGCGGAGAUAA